GCCCCUCGCCGCGCUUAGGCCGCUUGCGAUCCGCCGGAAAGCCGGGGUCAGAGAGAGGCUCGACUCGGCCAAGCCGCGUUCAGGAACCUUACAGUCUUUUGCUGUUCUUUCAUCUUUGUAAGCGGCAACACGUAUUACUUAAAAAAAAAAAAAGGCAAAAUUGUAGUCGACUAAGUUAAAGUCAAAGGUCCUACCAAAAAUGGGGGCGGGGAGGCCUGCGCGUUGCCAUAGCUACGCCUUAGUUUGGGUCCCGCCUCCUGCCGGGCUGCUAGAAAGGUGAGGAAAAGCAAUGGGGUUUGCUUUGUUUUUCCCCAUCUUCCCAGAAUGAAGACUGGGAUCCUAUCAUAGAGGAAAGAAAAAUCUGGAGCACGAAGGCAGGGGAAACGCUCCCUUUUCUUUGUUUUUAUCUCCCAUCUAAACUUUAUCUUUGAAGAAACAAACUGGACGGGCUGGAGAGAUGGCUCUGCCUUUAAAGGCAAGGCUUAACCAAAAAUAUAAGAGACAAACAUGGCAUGGUAACCCUUGCCAGCUGAUCUCAGCACUCACUCGGGAGGCUCAGGUAGGAGGAUCCUGUCACAAAUUCGAGGCUAGGCUGAGUUAGAGAGCGAGGUCCCAUUUUAAACUACAGCAAACCACGGGUGGCGCGGUGCUUGCUUGUAAUCCCAGGAUUCUGGAUGCUCAAGCAGGAGAAUAGAAGUUCAAAAGCCAUUGCCAGCUACAUCGGGACUGCAAGGCUGCCUGAGCUAUCCCACAUGGAGGAGCAAACUGAGCACGCUGGCUCUUGUGUCUGUAAGUCCUGCACUUGGAAGGCUGAAGUUUGAAGAUAGCUCUCUGUUUCAGGCCAGUCAGAGGUCACCGCAUUCUUGUGAAAUUAUAAAUCUAUCCGAGAGGGCAGCAGAACUAAGGAAUAAUGGAGGGGGACCAGUUGGAAGCCCUGGACUUCCCUUCAGAAGCUUUGCACACUGAGGUGACCAUGGUGGUGACAGGAGAGCCGCCUGGUGCCAUGGAGGAAGAGCUGGAUAAUGAGGAAGAGGAGGAAAGCUCCUCAGAAGUCAUAGAUUCGCUGUACCUUCUGGACGUGCUGAGGGUGUCUGCUAUUCUGGAGGACAUCGUUGACCAGCUGUCCAUCCUGGGCUACAUCAUUCCCGUCCAGUACGAAAGAAAGCAGAGCGUCAACCAGAAAACCAGCCAUGAAAAAACAUCCAUGGCCUCAAGUAUAAGGAAAGCAUCUCCUUUGGUAACUAAAGAAAAAUCCAUGGUGCAAGAAACCAAACACCGAGGCCAGGAUUCUAUCUUUAAAAUACCUACACGGCAGACCAUAAUGACUCUGGAGAUACUGAAGAAAAUUCAGAACGACAGGCAGUAUUUCAGUGAUGUGAUCGCAAAUGCCAUGAAGGAGAUGCAAGAAUCUGGGUCAUUCCAGAGUCUCCUGGAAGCCUUGGGAAAAGAAAGAGAUAGCAAAAUGAACUUCCAUGAAGUCAUCACCAGGGAGGAAAAAGGAAGAAGAAAGAUAAAAUCUCUUCAGAAACAGUUAAUUGAUGUCAAAAAGGAGCGUCAAAUGCAAGUACAGAAUGGGAACGAAUACAUUGCUCACCUCAAAGACCAGCUACAAGAGAUGAAGGCCAAAACCAACAUGGAGAACCUUUAUAUGAAAAGAAACGCUGAGCUGCAGAUUACCCAGACCCAGAAGAAAUGUAACAGAGCAGAGGAACUCUUGCUGGAGGAGAUUGAGAAACUGAGGAUGAAAACUGAAGAGGAGAACCGAGUUCAUAUGGAGAUCGAGAUGUUCCUAAAGAAAGAGCAGCAGAAACUUGAGGAGAAGCUGGAGUUCUGGAUGGAGAAAUUUGAUAAAGACACCGAAGCAAAACAGAAUGAGUUGAAUGCCCUCAAGGCUGCCAAGGCCGCCGACCUGUCGCACCUUCAAGAACUUGCAAAGACGAUCCGGGAGUAUGAUCAGGUCAUCAUUGAGGAUAGGGUGGAAAAGGAGAAGACCAGGAGGAAGCUGGAGCAGGACGACCUGGAGCUGAAGAGCAUCUUGAAGGUAGGAUGCGCUGGCAGUCGGCGGGCACGGCGGGCACACUGCAGCUGGAGCGCACAGGGCGCACGUGCCCUUCACGGCGCUGAGACAGAAAGGAGCAACUCCUGGGUCCCGAUCUGGGGCGAUCAAUGGAAGCAAAGCCUCUUUCCAGCCAUAACAACCUGAGGAGGGGACUCAGCUAUAGGAAGGAUGCCCCAGAAUGCUGUGCCCUGCUCCACACCCUGGCUGUCCAAUACAAGUUGCUUUAAAACAAACAAACAAAAACCCAAAAGGUAAAAGGAACAAUACAAAUUAGAAAAAAAAAAAACACAUUUAAAAUGUAUUUUUGAGACAGCAUCUUUCGUAGCCCUGACCAACUGGGACUAUGUAUGUGGUCUGUGGUGCUCCUUCUCUCUUAGCCUUUUGAGCACUGGAGAUUGUAGAUGUGAAGACUCAAGCCUGGCCGAGACAGCAAAUGUCUCAUAAAAGUUCUAUGUGAACUUGCAAUUAGCAAUGACAACAUGAUUAGGGCCAGAUUCUGGAAAACAGUCUUAAGAUUCAUUUUUACUUUGAAAUAUGUAAAUGUCUGUAUUUGGGUACGUGCACAUGAUUGCAGGUACCCACAGAGGCCCAGGGGGGCAUCAGAUUCCUCCGAGCUGGAGUUACAGGUGGUUGUGGAUUUCCAGAUGUGGGUAUUGGGAAACUAACUCGUAAUCUGCAAGAGCAGCAACGUUCUUAACUGCUGGGCCAUCUCUUCAGCCCCUGGAAAAAUGUUUAAAGCUAAAACUGUAAUGCAAAGAUGGUUUGAAAAACGUUGCUUGGAAGUGCAUCCUUUAGGGGUCCUGGUGGGAAUGAACCUGAGACGUAGAGUAAGUAGCAAGUUCUGCCUGUAGCUCAGGCUGGCUGUGAACCACACAGGGCUGUAUUCUGUUCCGUCUGUGGUACUGGGUAUCAAGCCCAGGGCCUCAAAGCAUCUUAUCACUAAGCCACAACCACAAGUCCAAAAUGAGAACUUUAAAGUACUUCCAGAGACAAAUAUAAUAUGUAUUCACUCAUAAGUAGCUUUUAGACAUAAAGCAAAGAAAAACCAGCCUAUAAUUUACAACCCCAGAAAACCCAGACAACAAAGAGGAACCUAAGAGAGAUAUACAUGGAUCUAAUCUACAUGGGAAGUAGAAAAAGAUCUCCUGAGUAAACUGGGAGCAUGGGGAGGGUAGAAGGGGAGAGGAGGGAAGGAAGGGAGGGGAGCAGAGAAAAACAUAUAGCUCAAUAAAAACAAUAAAGAAGUAAUACUUUCAGGACCCAGGUAUCCAAACUCGUUCUUGGUCUUCCUGUUAGGAGAAUCUAAUGUAUAAUUAGUAAAUGUUGGUCAGGCUUGUAUGCUUUCCAUUUGUCAAGAUUCAGUGUAUAGUGAAGAACUAAGCAAAGUCUGCUUUGUUCUCACUAGUGGAUUCAUGUGCUCUCAGUAGGCAAGGCUAAUCUGUUUUAUAAUAUAGACUGUUCAGAACAGUUGCAUCACACUGACAAGACAUUCAAGGGGACUUUUAGCUGCUCCCUAAAGAUAUGUGACACCCUACUAAUCACUGAGACUUCUCAGUGUGUCCCUGAGUGCAGGUAAGAGACAUUCAUUCUCUUUCUGAUGUGGGAGUGUCAUAUAUCAAUCUGUUGAUUUCAUUGGUUAAGCAAUAAAGAAACUCCUUGGCCCUGAUAGGUUAAAACAUAGGUGGGAGGAGUAAACAGAAUAGGAUGCUGGGAGGAAGAGGAAGUGAGCUCAGACUCGACAGUUCUGCUCUCUGGAGCAGAGGCCCUGCUUCGCUCUCCUGGGCAUACGCGAUGAAGCUCCGACCCAGGAUGGACAUAGGCUAGAAUCUUCCCGGUAAGCGCACCUAGUGGUGCUACAUAGAUGAUAAGAAAUGGGCUAAAUUAAUGUUAGAAUUAGCCUAGAAGAGGCUAGAUAGAAAUGGGCCAAGCAGUGUUUAAAUGAAUACAAUUUGUAUGUUGUUAUUUCGGGCAUAAGCUAGCCAGGCGGCCGGGGUGCUGGGGAUGCAGCCCCGCCGCUCCUAUUUCAACACCUUUCCAGCCAAUGGCUGCGAGGUGGGCUGCAUUACCAAAGGUGCCAACAUGGCCUAGCACACUGCAUUUCCACUCAGCCAAGGAGCAACAGGGUAGCCAUAGUGACAUCAGCCUGGCCACUGCCAUGCCUCAGAGAUGUCCUUAAACACGCGCGGCUGUGGUUCUCUGUGGAGAAGGAUCACAGUUCUGCCAGGCUCACUGAGACGAACUGCCUUCCUUCCUCCUCUCCUCCAGCUCCAGGCCUGGUGGCGAGGAACAGUGGUCCGGAGGGAAAUUGGUGGUUUCAAAAUGCCCAAGAAAGAGAAAGAUGACAGCAAAGAUUCCAAAGGCAAGGAGAAGGAAAAACGGAGAGGCAAGAAGUGACGAGUACC